GCUGCCGCCGCCUCAGGUCACGGCCCCGCCAGGCGACCGCGGCCCCGCCGCACCGGAGCAGGAACUGGAGUUGGGGAACUAGUGCAAGGAAAUGCUGAUACUCUGGCUACUGCUGUUGCUGUGAUAAAGUCCUUUGUCUCUGACCCAGAAGUCUUGCGUCUUCUGCCAGCAGCCAGGAAACUGUGGGGUACAGGCAUGGAUGGGAAGAAAUGCAGCAUAUGGAUGUUUUUACCCCUUGUAUUUACCUUGUUUACUUCAGCUGGAUUGUGGAUAGUAUACUUUAUAGCUGUGGAGGAUGACAAAAUUUUCCCAUUAAACUCAGCUGAAAGGAAACCUGGUGUGAAGCAUGCACCGUAUAUAAGUAUUGCAGGUGAUGAACCUCCUGCAAGCUGUGUGUUUAGUCAAGUUAUGAACAUGGCAGCAUUCCUAGCUCUGGUGGUAGCUGUUCUGCGCUUCAUACAACUGAAACCAAAGGUUUUAAAUCCAUGGCUGAAUAUUAGUGGAUUGGUGGCGCUCUGUCUGGCUUCCUUUGGAAUGACCUUACUUGGUAAUUUUCAGCUCACAAAUGAUGAAGAAAUCCAUAAUGUCGGAACUUCCUUGACUUUUGGAUUUGGCACGUUGACCUGCUGGAUCCAGGCUGCAUUGACACUCAAAGUAAACAUCAAGAAUGAAGGACGGAAAGUUGGAAUUCCACGAGUUAUUCUCUCAGCAUCUGUCACUCUCUGCGUGGUCCUCUACUUCAUCCUCAUGGCCCAAGGCAUCCACCUGUACGCAGCCAGGGUCCAGUGGGGCCUGGUCAUGUGCUUCCUGUCUUACUUUGGCACCUUUGCUGUGGAGUUCCGGCAUUAUCGUUAUGAGAUUGUAUGUUCCGAAUACCAGGAGACUUUCCUAAGCUUCUCAGAAAGCCUGUCUGAAGCUUCUGAAUAUCAAACCGACCAGGUGUAACCCAUCAGUUUUUCCUUGCUGGUGAGGUGGGUGUAGCAUCAGGGGAGGGGCCAAGGCACACCCACAGGACUUGACACACAACCUCAUGACACAUCGUAAACACAGGCACGUGCACACGCACACACUCACACACACAUUCAUGGCCACGUUUGCCAAACGAGCGUUUCGGGGCGAGUUAUUUAACAAAAAUGCACAAGCCCUAUGUGUCGAAAUAUACGCUGUUAGCACUGAAAAUAUAAUGCACGACAGAGCAAGAAGCUUGUGCAUGAUCACCUCUCUUUUCCCCUCUCUCCCAACACCCCCUGCUCUUCUUGUCCUCUUCACGUAUUCCAGACAUCCUGAUCACCCUACCUUGGGCAGGCCAAAUGUAACAUGGGAAUAAUGCCAACUCCCAAAGUUGCCUUCAGAUCCAGAGGGCUUGGAACUAGCUCAUGAGGACAUUCUGAAUCUGGCACUAGGGCUCUUGAAUGGACAGAGUAUCAUUUGGUUGGAUGGAAACUGUACAGAGAUGUGACCCCGUGUAACCUGUGGAUGAUGUUGGAUCAAGGAUAGAACUUUCCCACAAAAACUCCCUUCAUCAUCGUUCAGUGGUUGGCUGAGCAGAUUCGACAAAAGGAAUAUGCUACGAUCUGUGAGGGGGAAGCCCACCACCAUGAUUUGGACUUUACUGUGACUGAGAAAAUAUUUCCAAAUGUGAAUAUUUGUAGGCCAUGGUCUGCCAUGGAGAGAUGUGGGUAGCGAGGGUGUGGUUUCAGUUUUGCUUCCAUAGUAUGCUAUGUUCAGUUUUUAUUUUCUAUUUCAUAGUUUGCUUUGUUUUCUUUCUUUUUUUUUUUUUUUUAACUAACUACCAUGGUUCUCUUGGGGCCUCACGGACAGAGAAGAUGUAGGCCAAACGCAAGAACUGAGCUUGUUUGGGGUUCAGCAUGAUAAAAGAAAAAAAAAAGAAAGGUCACCUGCAGGCUUAAUUUGCUGCUUUUAUGUUUGAAGCUAAGAAAAUGUUCACAGAAAAGCACAAAGAAAUACGUGUGGAGGUAAUAAAAAGAGCUCCUGCUGGACAUUUGUAAAAGAGAGGAGUUUCAGAGGAUCGUGUUGUAAAUCCAAAUCAAGGAGUUUCUUAAUAUGUAUCUAUUGCUCAAAUUUAGUAUUUUGGGGGGCGGGGGGUUAAGGGCUUUUCAUACUCAGAAUUUGUAGAAGCCAAUUAAAAGGUUACCCUCCCCGAAAAACAAAUUGGUUCAGUUCGUCCCCUACAACACAUCAUGUAGUUCCCACCCGCGAAGAGUUUAGAACUCAAACUCUAUUCCUGGGCUUUAGAGGAUGUGCUUCAUAAAAAAGGGCAGAAUUCUAAAUCAAAAUGCGUUGGAGUGGGCCAAGCUGAUGGACCCUCCGUGAGUGCACUUUGUUUCAAGAAAUCCCCAAACUUACUUCAUAGGGGCUUGGGAUUUCAUGGAAUAUAAUGUGAAAAAAUGUUUUUUUAAUCCAACCCAAACUCUGAGCUUCUUGAGGAGGGGGUUCAAUGACUUUUCAUCUCUGUAUUUAUCCCCACCUCUUAGCACAGUGCCUGGCACAUAUUAGGUGCUCAACAAACAUCUGUUGAAUAGAAUUACUGGUAAUUUACAGUACGAAAAAGGAGUAUCAGAGAAAGACUCAAAGAUGUGUGAGAGAAUGGAAGAUGACUGUUUCAUGCAAGACAGGAAUGGAAGAAAUCACGAGGGUUAGAUGGGGGAGGCAGAACACCUCUAAGGGACAAGUAAAAUGUGAGAAAAAGAGACAAGCAGAGAGUGUUCUAUUAGAAAGUCAUCUUACUGUAAAUAGUCCAAGGUGACAUUUAUUAUUUUUGAAUACUGCUUUUGGGGUUUUUUUUUCAUUUUUAUAUUUUAAAAAUUUUAUCAGAGAACAAAGAUUUAUGAAGUUUUCUUUUACUCUACACAAUCCAAAUUAAAUAGCUUUUGGUGAUGCACCAUACACUUUCUUAAGAGUAGAUCUAAUAGCGCAUUUUAACAGAAUCAAGCAAUGACUGGCAUUAUUCAUCGGGAU